CCAUUAUUGUAGCAAAUCCCUUGGCGCCAAACUCCACAAUCUCCCGCUAUAAUACUCUUCCACUGCUCAAACAAAGACCUCUGAAGAAACCUCAACAAACAAUAACAAACCCACACAGAAAGCUUUCAACAAUGGGCAAAGAAGACAAGCAGUUCUGGCUUUUGAAGACAGAGCCAGGAGAGUGGUCAUGGGAGGACCAAGCUGCCAAUGGAGGCUUGAGCAACUGGGAUGGUGUCAAGAACAAGCAAGCCCAGAAGUACCUCAAGUCCAUGAAGCUCAGUGACCUCUGCUUCUUCUACCACUCUGGCUCCAAGUCCCGCCGUGUUGUCGGCGUGGUGACUGUUGUCAAGGAGUGGUAUGAAGAUGGUGGUGGGGCUGUGGAUGUGAAGGCAGUGGGGGAGAUGAGGAGGCCUGUGGACUUGAAGGAGAUGAAAGGGGAUGUUGGGUUGAAGGGUUUUGCUCUGUUUCGGCAGCCGAGGCUGUCGGUUGUGCCUGUUUCGGAGGAUGUGUGGGAAAGGGUUUGUGGUUUGGGAGGUGGGUUUGAAGGGGAUGGUCAAGAUGAUCAAGUUCAAGAUGAUGAUGGAGGUGAAGAUUAGACCCAGUACUAGGUGUUUGUGAUAUUGCACAAUGUGCUGACUUUCUUCUUUUUUGUAACAAAAGUGAUGGGAAGUGUAAUAGUAUAUGUAUGUAUAGCUUGUUUUGUUUGGUGCUCCUUUUGCAGUCUAUAUUUUGUUAGUGGAAAGGGAAAAUGAAAUUGGGGGUAAUGUAAAUUGACUAAUGUCCAGUAAGUAGAUGUGAUGAAAGGAGCUUUAGCUUGAAUUUCUGUGUAAUGUUAUUGCUACAUUUUCGUAUUGUUUAUCUAUGAUGGCACUAGUCAACUGCUCCAACAACAAUUUGUUGUUGUUCUGAGUC